GAAAAAACUCUCUCCCAAAAAUCUACGAGAAAUUCAAAGGGAGAAUUUAAAAAAAAAAAAAACAAAGGGAGAGAACUCAGUCACGUAGCAUUUCGAAUCGGCGUCGGGACCAUUCAGAUCCGAUCAACCGUCCGACGAUCGCAAUGUCGUCCGCCGUAUUCUCCGCCGUCCGAUCUUUCUCUGUUUUCGUCUUCGUUUUACUCUUCCUCUCCCUCGCUUUCGCUUCCGAGUCAGAUCACAAGUAUCAACCCGAUGAUCCAAUUACUCUAUGGGUGAAUAAAGUUGGUCCGUACAAUAAUCCACAAGAAACAUAUAACUAUUACAGCCUUCCGUUUUGUCAACCGGGUACUAAUCCUGCUCACAAAUGGGGUGGUCUUGGUGAGGUCCUUGGUGGAAAUGAACUGAUUGAUAGCCAAAUUGAUAUGAAGUUUCAAAAGAAUGUGGACAGAGGUACCAUUUGUCAAUUGGAACUUGAUGAAGCAAAGGUCAGACAGUUCAAGGAUGCAAUUGAGAGCAGCUACUGGUUUGAAUUCUUUGUGGAUGAUCUGCCUUUAUGGGGCUUUGUUGGCGAGCUGCAUCCCGAUAGGAAUAGUGAAAAUGGCAAGCAUGUCCUCUACACACAUAAGAAUAUUGUUAUUAAAUACAAUAAGGAUCAGAUUAUUCAUGUCAAUCUCACUCAGGAGAGUCCAAAACAACUGGAAGCAGGGAGAACCCUGGACAUGACAUAUUCUGUUAAAUGGCUUCCAACUAAUGUGACUUUUGCUCGUCGCUUUGAUAUUUACUUAGACUAUCCUUUCUUUGAGCACCAAAUCCAUUGGUUCUCUGUUUUCAAUUCAUUCAUGAUGGUUAUCUUUCUCACUGGUUUGGUGUCAAUGAUCUUGAUGCGAACUUUGAGAAAUGACUAUGCGAAGUAUGCUCGGGAAGAUGAUGAUCUGGAAACUUUGGAGAGGGAUGUGAGUGAAGAGUGUGGUUGGAAACUGGUCCAUGGUGAUGUUUUUAGGCCUCCUAGCAAUUUGGCUUUGCUUUCUGCUGUUGUUGGCACAGGUGCUCAGCUAGCGUUGCUUGUUCUCCUUGUCAUCUUAUUGGCAAUUGUGGGAACUUUGUAUGUUGGAAGAGGAGCAAUUGUCACUACCUUUAUACUGUGUUAUGCUUUUACAUCAUUCAUUUCUGGUUAUGUGAGUGGUGGAAUGUACUCACGAAAUGGGGGUAAAAAUUGGAUAAAGUCAAUGAUCCUUACAGCAUCUCUGUUCCCAUUUUUGUGCUUUGGGAUUGGAUUCCUCCUGAACACAGUUGCUAUAUUUUAUGGAUCUCUAGCAGCUAUUCCUUUCGGUACAAUGGUGGUUGUUUUUGUAAUUUGGGCUUUCAUUUCCUUCCCCUUGGCGCUUCUUGGUACAGUUGUUGGAAGAAACUGGAGUGGUGCUCCAAAUAAUCCAUGCCGUGUAAAGACCAUUCCUCGCCCAAUUCCAGAGAAGAAAUGGUAUCUUACACCCUCUGUGGUCUCUAUGAUGGGAGGACUUCUUCCAUUUGGGAGCAUAUUCAUUGAAAUGUAUUUUGUCUUCACAUCCUUCUGGAAUUACAAGGUUUAUUACGUCUAUGGUUUUAUGCUGCUGGUCUUCCUGAUUCUCAUCAUUGUAACCAUUUGCGUUACGAUCGUGGGGACAUAUUUCUUGCUAAAUGCUGAGAACUAUCACUGGCAGUGGACAUCAUUCUUCUCUGCUGCCUCAACAGCUAUUUACGUGUAUUUGUACUCCGUAUACUACUACUCCGUGAAAACCAAGAUGUCAGGCUUCUUCCAGACCAGCUUCUACUUCGGAUACACUUUGAUGUUUUGUCUUGGUUUGGGAAUCCUCUGUGGAGCCAUUGGUUUUCUCGGUUCGAACUUGUUCGUAAGGAGGAUCUACAGAAAUAUCAAGUGUGAUUAAACCUUUUGUUGUCAGAAACUAGAACCAUCGGUGCUUCCAUGAGCUUUUCUUUCUUUUUUUUUUCUAGUUGUCGAGGCAAUAAACAUCGAGAGGAAGCUUUCAGGUAUAGAGACCCCAUCAAAGCCUUCAAACGAAAUCACAGGGUUUAACAGUAGGUAUGUACUCUCGGUUCCAUGGGCCACGGUAAACCCCACGAUUUUUGUUUCGCCUUUUUCCUUUUUUCACCCGGGUUUGUAAUAGGAAGCCCUGAUUUAGAAAUUCAGAUCAUUGUUUUAUAAUUCAAAAGCUAGCUUUUUUAAAAAAAAAAUUAAAACUCCCCUCAUUUUGUUAUAUACUAUUUGCAUACAUAGAUAUGCUUUCUGUGUAAGAAUUGAAACUGUGAUGAUCGGUUAAAUUCCCUUUGGAUUUGUUUUUCUUA